UUGUUCAUCCCAUUUGCUGAAUGCCUCUACUGUUUGGCAGGCAUAGAGGUAGCCUUACAGGGAGAUCAUAUUCGAGGACUGGGAUUUUCUCUUGCUCUUUUUUAGUCAAACUUAAUUAUGAGCAGAGGUUGCUUAGGAGACAGGAGACGCAGAAUCUUGGUCCUUGUUACGCAGAGCUGGACUGGUGCUGAGGGAAGUCCAACCCAGUCUGUUCUCAGCUCAAGCGCAGGCAUGGGCACUUUUACUAGCGAGUGUCGUGACUGUUUCGACAAUAAAGACCAGUGGUAUGAGAUUGGACCCACGGACUUGCUGGAGCGCAAGGGCUCCCUAACUCUCCGCUCUCAUCACAAGAAAUACUCGAAGCCAGUGUUGGUGUGUUCCUGGCACCAUGACAGAGAAGCUUUUCCCAAAGAUUAUGACAUAGAGGAUCCUGAGACAGUGACAAAUCUCUGUAAUUCGACAUAUUGGCGACUUGGAACUGACUGUCCAAGGUGGAUAUCAGAAGCACAGGAACAGAUGUCCCAGGUUGUUAUAAACAGAGACUUGGUGCAAAAUAAGAAAAAGGCCUUAGUAAACAAGGAAACAACAUGCCCUGGGAUUUUGGAAAGGGAUCCUGAGUUGCCUCCCACCGGCUUUCGGGAUGUUUUUAUGGGAUCCCCACCAGUUCAGAUAAAACCGUGUGCUUUAACGACAUACUCUCAAGAUUAUGUUCCACAAUAUGAAUACCCACCACCUGCCCUGCAUCUUACUUGGGCUAAACAGAGCUGGCCCUGGUGGUGUCAACGCUGGUGAGCUGGACUGAGGGUGUAAGAGCAGGAGUCAGGUUGGCCCAGCUUCUUGAUAUCUGCUACAUGGGAUGGACUAAUUAAGGCAGUGUUGGAAAACUCUCCUUAGUGGUGACAAUGAGGGAAAUCUGGCAGACUGACCAAUGCAGCUACAACCCAGUCCCAGAACAAGGACUAUGAGAUAGCCCACCCCAACACCCACCUUAUCUAUGAACUGCUGGAGUAUGUGAAGGGGCUGGACCUAGAUGCAAAGCUACAGGAUCUCCAAGACACAAAGCAACAAUAAGAUAUCCAAGAGGAGUCCCAGUGAGGGACCCAUUAUCUUUAGUGUAGCAGAAGCCAAAAUCCUUGAACCAGACCAUGAACACUUGCAAGUAAAGAUGUAUGGGCUAAAGAGUGUACUGUGUGACUCACAGGACCAUGCUACAGCUUCCAUGCAGAGACUUUGUUUUGUUUUAUUUUUUGUUGUUGUUUUACUUUUAAAUUUUGUUUUGGGGGGUUGCAAGAGCAGGGGGUG